CCGAGGACCCGGUAUAAAGCGGCCGCCGCUGCCCGGUGCUGCCGCGCUCGCGCCGCCGUCAGUGACCUCGUCCCUUCCCUCCUUCCCUCCCUCAUCCCCCCCGCCCUCCCCGGCGCCGCCGCCUCCCCCCUCCGCCGCACGGAGCAGGUCCCGGGUGCUGGGGGAGACCCGGGGGCAGAUUAAUCAGCCACUCGAUGGGGAUUAACAGUGGAGCACCUCUUUGUGUCGCCUUUCCACCUCUGUGUAGCACGAAUAACAACUUCAGCACUUCUUCAAUAAUAAUUAUGAAACUGGUAUUAACUGAAUGGCAAUUAUGGAUUUUUAACUCUAACUCACAGUAAACCAGCAAGCCAUAUGUUGAAAUUCUUACCAAAUAGCUUUUCAUUCUUAAUGUCUCGUAUCUCUACAAGAAGUUGCAAGAUACCUGUUUGUACAAGAGGAAUAUAAGCUUUACUUGCCUGAGGAACAGAAGCUGAAAGAGAAGACACCCUAACUUGUUCGUGGAGUUAUGGUAGUAUUAUUUAUAUAGAUAUAACAAAUAUAUAUAUUUUUUAUGGUAAUGAAAAUGGCUCCUCAGAAUGCUGACUCGGAAUCUAUGCAAGUUCAAGAUCUACCUGUGGCACAGCUUCAGAAACCAGAAAACAAGGAGAAUGAAAGUAGGGAGGAGACCAUUAGUGAAGGAUCCAUAGACCGGAUACCGAUACGCCUGUGGGUGAUGCAUGGUGCAGUAAUGUUUGGCAGGGAAUUUUGUUAUGCCAUGGAGACAGCUUUGGUAACACCUGUAUUGUUACAAAUUGGUCUUCCUGAACAAUACUACAGCCUCACUUGGUUCCUCAGCCCUAUCCUGGGCUUGAUCUUCACUCCGCUCAUAGGUUCGGCCAGUGACCGCUGCACGCUGAGCUGGGGCCGCCGGCGGCCUUUUAUCCUUGCUCUCUGCAUUGGUGUCCUCUUUGGAGUUGCACUUUUCCUUAAUGGCUCUGUGAUAGGUCUGGCUAUUGGUGAUGUCCCGGACAAGCAGCCCAUUGGAAUCGUUCUCACGGUGCUUGGGGUGGUGGUGUUGGACUUCUGUGCCGAUGCAACCGAAGGGCCAAUUCGGGCCUACUUGUUGGACGUGGUGGACAGUGAAGAACAAGACAUGGCCCUGAACAUCCAUGCAUUUUCAGCUGGUCUUGGAGGAGCAAUUGGUUAUAUGUUAGGAGGGUUGGACUGGACACAGACCUUCUUGGGUAGCAUUUUUAAAUCUCAAGAGCAAGUACUUUUUUUCUUUGCAGCUAUUAUUUUCUCUGUCUCCGUUGCUCUCCACCUUUUCAGCAUUGAAGAAGAGCAAUAUAACCCUCAGCAGGACAGGAUUGAUGAUGAAGGAGACACACUUUCCAGUGCCAAAUUCAGUGGCAGUCUCCCCCCGCUGAAUCGGCUGAAUGUAAUUAGUGAGGAAGAGCCCUAUGGAGCUUCCAUGUUCCAUGAUGAGGUUCAGUCAGAGCAUGACCUCAAUAUGGAGUUCCUUGAGGUGAACAUUGUGAGAAGCAAGAGUGACUCAGUUCUGCACAUGCCUGAUGCCACAUUGGAAAUUGAAUCGGAGCUGCUUUUCCUGCAUGACAUCGAACCCUCCAUUUUUCAGGAUGCUUCAUAUCCAAACACUCCCCACAACACAAGCCAGGAGAUCAUGAAGUCCAAGCUCAACCACCUGUCUGCUUUCCUCAGGGAGAAUGAGAAGGAGGAGGAAAUGUUGCUUGAUAAUCGUUUAAAUGAAGAUAAAGUCCCAAACAUCAACGGCUCCCUACCAAAGGAGUUCCUCAAUGGCCACGCCAGAAUAGGCAUGAAGCAAUCCAGCACUUCCAACUCCAUGCGUCGGCGCCGGCACAUGUUCUACCGGCAGCCGUCCUACACCUUCUCGUACUACGGCAAGAUCGGCUCCCACCGGUACCGCUUCCGCCGCGCCAACGCCAUCGUGCUCAUCAAGUCCUCGCGCAGCAUGAACGACAUCUACGACAUGCAGAAACGGCAGCGGCAGCGCUGCCGGCACCGCAACCAGAGCGGCACCACCAACUCCAGCGGGGACACAGAGAGCGAAGAGGGCGAGACCGAAACUACCGUCAGGCUCUUGUGGCUCUCCAUGCUGAAGAUGCCCAAGGAGCUGCUGAGGCUGUGCGUCUGCCACCUCCUGACCUGGUUUUCCAUCAUUGCUGAAGCUGUGUUCUAUACGGAUUUCAUGGGACAGGUCAUCUUCCAGGGCGAUCCCAAGGCCCCUUCGAAUUCGACUGAGCUGCACGCCUACAAUGCUGGGGUUCAGAUGGGAUGCUGGGGGCUGGUGAUUUAUGCUGCUACUGCUGCUGUUUGUUCAGCCUUGUUGCAGAAAUACUUGGACAACUAUGACCUUAGCAUAAAAGUGAUCUACAUCCUGGGCACACUGGGUUUUUCCCUUGGCACUGCAGUGAUGGCCAUGUUCCCCAAUGUGUACGUCACCAUGAUAAUGAUCAGCACGAUGGGAAUUGUCUCCAUGAGCAUCUCCUACUGUCCCUACGCGCUUUUGGGACAAUACCAUGAGAUAAAGCAGUACAUUCACCACAGCCCUGGGAACUCAAAGCGAGGGUUUGGCAUCGACUGCGCCAUCCUGUCAUGUCAGGUUUACAUCUCUCAGAUCCUGGUGGCCUCCGCGCUCGGCCGUGGCGUGGUGGACAUGGUCGGCACGGUCAGAGUCAUCCCCAUGGUGGCUUCAGUGGGAUCCUUCCUGGGUUUUUUGACAGCGACUUUCUUGGUGAUUUACCCCGAAGUCAACGAAGAGCCAAAGGAAGAGCCCAAGGGCCUGGGUCGUCCAGAGACAGCUGAGGGCAUCAGCGCGGGCGCGGAGAAGCCGACGGUGCUGAAGCUGACGCGCAAAGGAGCCGCGCGGCGGAGCCAGAGGGCGAGUCAGCCGUGUGAGGCUGCCGAUGCUUGUUCACCCACAUUCCAAGGAGUGCAGGUGCAGGAUCAAGAACUUUUGUUGUGGUUUUUUUUUCCAGGAAAGCAAAUUAGGACCUUCACUACUUGUAGCUAAAAUUUGCAGAAGAAAAGGCAGUUUCAUGCAAAAAUGUAAAUGAAAUUCUGUAGUCCUUCCUCUAGGUUUGAGCAGGUCGCUCUGAUGCUAAUUGCUUUCUCUACAACUUAGAAAUGUCAUUUCUGAACACUUUUUUAUUAAGAAUACAUUUAGAUUUCAAAUAAGUUUUAUUAAUCUGCAUGAGACUCACAGUGUAUACAAUUAGCAGUUAGAAAAAUUAAGUUUUCAGCUGUUUUUAAACUAACAGAAAAUGGAAGCUAUCUUGACCUAUAGUCUCUUGCCAUUUUUUUUGUCUGAACAUUUCAGAUUUCACUAGGCUUAGACAUCAAUCGAUUUUUUUCACGAGCAUGAUAUUACUGGUCUGACAGCUACGUUAAUUUUAGACUUCAUGUUUUUGUUAGUGCAAUUGCAACUGCAGACUCCUUUUAUUUGCAAUUAUUUUCAAG